GAGAGAGAGAGAGAUGAUGCAGAUGUUAGGGUUCCGAGGCUCCUCCACAGCCUCGAAGAACAUGAGCUCUUCUUCCCAAACCCUCCCACGAAACCCUAUCCCUUCUCCUUCCAGCCUCUCUGUGGGCCCCGCCCGUCCUCUUCAUUUCGUCUACUGUGACGAGAAUGGGAAGUUCUGUAUGGACCCGGAAGCCAUCGCGGAGCUCCAGCUCAUCAAAGGUCCCAUUGGUGUCGUCUCUGUCUGUGGUCGGGCCCGCCAAGGCAAGAGCUUCCUCUUGAAUCAGCUUUUAGGGAGGAGUAAUGGAUUUCAGGUUGCAUCCACACACCGACCGUGCACUAAAGGGCUUUGGAUGUGGAGCGUGCCACUAAAGCAGACUGCUCUUGAUGGGACUGAGUACUAUCUUUUGUUCUUGGACAGUGAAGGAAUUGAUGCUUAUGAUCAAACGGGAACAUACAGCACCAAGAUAUUCUCCUUGGCUGUUGUGUUAUCAAGCAUGUUUAUCUAUAACCAGAUGGGUGGUAUAGAUGAAGCUGCACUUGAUCGCCUUUCUCUUGUCACUGAAAUGACUAAACAUAUCCGUCUUAGAGCGUCUGGGGAAAGGGCCACAGCAUCUGAGCUUGCACAGUUCUCUCCAGUCUUUGUUUGGCUUUUGAGGGACUUCUAUUUAGAUCUAGCAGAAGACAAUAGGAAAGUAACUCCUCGUGAUUACCUAGAGCUAGCUUUGAGUCCAAUGCAAGGAGGAGGAAAAGAUACAUCAGCAAAAAAUGAGAUUCGGGAAUCUAUCCGAGCUCUAUUCCCUGAUCGAGAAUGCUUCACCCUUGUGCGACCUUUAAACAAGGAAAAUGAUCUCCAACGACUGGAUCAAUUCUCUUUGGACAAAUUACGGCCAGAGUUUAGAUCUGGCCUAAAUGCACUGACCAAGUAUGUUUUCGAGAGAACCAGGCCUAAGCAAGUAGGGGCUACAGUAAUGACAGGUGCAGUUCUUGCUGGAAUCACACAAUCUUUUCUGAAUGCCAUUAAUAAUGGUGCAGUGCCUACGUUAUCUUCAUCAUGGCAGAGUGUUGAAGAAGCAGAAUGUCGGAGGGCGUAUCAAUCAGCUACUGAACUUUAUAUGUUUGCUUUUGACCGCACAAAGCCUCCUGAUGAGGUUAUUCUAAGAGAGACCCACGAGGAUGCUGUUCAAAAAUCACUAGCUGCGUUUAGUGCUAGUGCCGUAGGGGUUGGUUCAGCACGGCGUAAGUACGAAAAGCUUCUCCAAUUUUUUUUCAGAAAGGCAUUUGAGGACUACAAAAGGAAUGCUUUUAUGGAGGCUGAUUUGAUGUGUUCAAACACAAUACAAGGCAUGGAAAGGAAGUUGCAGGCAGCAUGUCAUGUUCCUGGGGCAAAAUUUGGUCAUGUUGUCAGAGUUUUGAGUGGUUUGAUCUUGAAGUACGAAACAUCAUCUCAUGGUCCAGGAAAAUGGCAAAAACUGGCCACCUUUUUACGACGGAGUUUGGAGGGACCAAUUCACGACCUUGUCAAGAAGCAAUUUGAUCAAAACAGAUCAGAAAAGAGUGCCCUUAUGUCGAAGUACUGCUCUAGGGAAGACAAAUUGGGAUUGCUUGAAAAGCAACUGGAGGCAUGUGAGAAGCACAAAGCUGACUACUUGAGGCAUAAUGAGGAAGCCAUCCAGGAUAAGCAUAAAAUGAUGGAUGACUAUAGGAGCCAUGUGUCUAAUCUGCAGAACCAGUGCAACUCAUUGGAGGAAAGGUGCUCGAGCCUAGUGAAAGCUCUUGAUGCUAUUAAAUUGGAAUCCUCAGAAUGGAAAAGAGAGUACCAGGAGAGUUCUUUGAGAUGGAAGGCUGAAGAAGAGUUGGCGAAUGCUGAAAUAACAGCUCUUAGAUCCAGAGUCAAUGUUGCUGAAGCAACACUAGCUGCUGCUCAUGAACAAGCCAUCUUCGCUCAGGUGGAGGCUUCGGAUUGGAAGCAGAAAUACGACAAUGCUGUGACAGAAGCUAAAAUAGCUUUGGAGAGGGCAGAGAGAAUCCGGGAACACACUAAUGAACACAGAGAGAAGAGGGAAGAUGCUCUGCGGGAAGAGUUCUCAGCCAAUAUGAAUGGAAAGGACGAGGAAAUUAAGGAUAAGCAAGCCAAGAUAAAAGAUCUUGAGGAUUGUCUAACGGGUCUGAGUUUGGAGUUGAAGGCUGCUGAGUCGAAACUGAAGAAUAAUGAUCUGGAAACUUCGACCUUGAAACUUGAAAUCAAGGAGUUGAAUGAGAAGUUAGAUUCUGCCAAGGCUACAGCUAAUUCGCAUGAGAAAGAGGCACAGAUGCUGAAGCAAGAAAAGAUUCACCUGGAGCAGCAGUACCAAUCUCAGUAUAAGAGGUUCAGUGAAACAAAAGAAAGGUGCAGGACUGCUGAAAAUGAAGUGAAAAGGGUGACCGAACUGGCCGAUAAAGCUCGGGCGGAAGCAGCCUGUGCUCAAAAGGAAAAGAGUGACAUUCAGCAUCUGGUAUUGGAAAAAGCAGCACAGAUUGACAGAGCUGAGAGGCAUGUCGACAGUCUAGAAAGACAGAAGCCUGAGCUGAUAGAUGAAGCUGUAAGGCUGCACAUCUCUACAUCAGAUGCUGUUUUGAAGGCUGAGCUGUUGGAGGAAGAGGUCGGAGAUAGAGAAAAAGACAGCGAGACACUAAUGAAAUCGAACUAUGAACAGAGGGCAACUACGAACCAGGUUCUCAAGGGCCCAAUCGAGACCGAACAAGCAACUCGAGUGGCAGUUGACUGUGAAGCAGAAGCCUCGUCUUUGCAGCUACAAUCCACUCAAGGCAAAUCACAUGCACUUCAACAGGAGAUGACCUCUAUCUUUUCAAAUGAAACUACAUUGGAAAGCAAGCCCUUCACACGGGAAGCAAAGGAUCCACGACGCCUGUUGGGCCGGGAUUUGCACCCUUCCUUGAGUGCAAGUAUCUUAAGCGUGCGCCCAGUUAACCGUUUUUCUGGGCGGCUUGCCCCUCGUGCUGGGCUCGUCCUUGGUCAUGGUCCCAGAGAUAGUUUUAGUAUUUUCUCGAAAGCAACAUGUGGUGGAGGAAUGCUUUAUAAGCCUUCUCCACUCUUUGUAAACUUUCACAAGGAGAGUCAAAGAAAGGCUGCAUGAGAGUUCUGCAAAAGGAUGAUCCCUGGAUUAUUCUUUAUUUGCUUAGGUACCCAUUUCCAUCCGUAAAUGGGACCGUUGAUUGGAUUAUGUGCCACUGGCACAUGUGCUCAUGAACAUGGCAAAGCAAAGGGCGAUGGUUAGAACAAUUAGGAUCAACGAUCUAGAUCAUAUACACACCCCACCCAACCGAUGUGUAGGAGGAGGAUUUUGUGUCUAAGAUCAUACCAAGUGAGAGGCUUGCCUGAUGUAUGGCUCAAAUGUCUUUCUAUUCAGCUAUUCGUCCAACUCCUACCCUAUUUUUCUCGUCCUGCUUGUUUAUUGUACGUGGGCCCCAUUGAAUCAACCCUCAAAUUAUAAGUAGCUCUGUAAAAUUCUCAAUUUUUACUAGACUCGUAGUAAUUACUAAUUAAUCACUUCUAGCCUC